ACCAAGCAGCAGUAGUUUAGAAGCAUUGGAAGCAUACUCAGUUGCUGGUGUGGUGUUGUGAAACGAGAAUUUAUUGAAACCAAUUAGUUUCCAAGGAGGUACAAUUAAAGCGAUCUGAGAGGCCCUCGGAAAUUUCUUCCGAAAUGAGCCUACUUAAAUGCACCUGUUGCUUGGCCUGCUGCUUAAUUCCCUCACCACAUUUGCAUAUCAAUUGUUCAAUUAAAUUGUGAGCAAAGCCAUGGAAACAAACAAAUUAGAAGUUGUUUAGUGAACAAAAAAAAAAGAAAAAACUUCAAUUCCAAAGAUGUAUAAGCCCCCAGAGAAUAGCAAUCGGGUGAGGGCAAUGAAAAGUAAAUUUGAAAACAAUGAAAACAUCAACACUCAGCUUUACAACAAUGUCAGCAAACCACCAGCAGCAGCCCUGUCAAGGCAGCUCAGUGACCCAGUGAAAGUGAACAUCAAAAGGUCCCCUGCCUUCCGCAAUGACAAAGUGCUGCAAAGGAAUGGGACCCAGAUAAGUGUGAAAUUGAACAAGAACAAAAGUCUGACGAGCAAAUACUGUGAUAAUAAUAGGAAGAACCCAGUGACAGAAACCAAAUCCCUUGAACCACCCACCUUCAGCAUGCUCCGCAAGAGGUUUGAUUCUCAGGAGAACCUGUUCACCAAAUCAAAGCAAAUGCUGAAGGAGCGCAGCAAUACCUGUGAGAAAAUAGUGAGAAACAAAUCAGAGGAUAAGGAGGAGCUCAGGUAUGAGAAUAUAUCUGUUCUCUACACGAAACCAAUUCCUAAGUGCCAGCGCCAGCAGAAGGAAAUCACCAUACACACGACGAGCACGCUGAAGUUGAGCGAAGUUAAAAAGAUUAGUACAAAUUCGACACAUCAAGAGUACGUGCAGAAGCUGAACGUGCUGACGGACACGCUUAAGUUAGCUUUAAAGAAACCACUGCCGCAAGGGCCGGCGCCGAAGAAGCCGCCGCGUACCUUCCAACACUCGCCGAAGACAAACAAAACCAAAGAGGAAUUCGCGCAGAAGCUUAACGACAACCUGCAGAAGAACUUGGAGCAGAAGAAGUCUCCAGCUUAUAUGUUGGAGAAGCUAGAGAACGCUCUGAAAGCGAACCGCGGCCGUCUUCAGCGUCACAAGAAGGUGGAUGUUAGUUCCGGCGAGGAGGAGGCCUUGGACGGCAACAAGAUGGGAAAAUUGAACUUCAAUUGUUUGCAAUCUUUGAGUUGUUCCAACGCUACCUACGAGGCCAUCAGUCAACCGACAUCCAAGUUCUUCGACGACGAAGAACCGGUGUACGCGGAACCCUUUGUAUUCCCAUCCAAAGACGCGUAUGUUAAGGACGAUGAUAAGAAAAUGAACAGAAAUAGUUUGUACUACAUGAGCUCACCUGUAACGUCUCCAAAUGGAUUAUAUGUUUUGAAUACAAUGGACGACGAUCAAGUUUUGAAUAGCGGCGAGACGUCGUCGAUAUCGUCGCCAACUACGUCGGAUAUAGAAUCUCUGACAUCGACGCCCUCGGAGGAGAACAAGGUCUUCGGUCCGCACAAAGUUGUUGAGUUGAUCAGAUCGUUCGAGAAGAAAAAAUCUGAUGUAAAUCCGGAGUGCCGCGUUGAUAAUCUGGAGAAACAACUGAAGAAGACUUUGGAGAAGUCAUUCCAGUCAUCGUCGGAUGGAAAUUCUUUGGGAAAGAGUAGCCUGGAUGAGGAAAACAAAGACAUGAUGGUUGGAAAAUUUAAAACGUACGUGCGGACGGUGAGGAUGAUCUCCAAGCUGAAGAAAAAUAGCGAUGGACAACACCUGUUUCAUUGCUGUAUGCUAGUCGGACAUAAUGGAAAGGAGCCAUAUGUUAAAUUCCAAUUUCCAAAAGAUGUGAAUCUGCCAUAUAAAAUAGAGUACCUGUGUUUUCCUGAUUCCGGUGAUUCCACCAUUGAUUGUUCAUUAAAAGCCCAAAAUUACUCGAUUUUGUUAACCGGUGAUGACGGGGAAAGGAUUUAUGGUUACUGUCGACGAGUGUUGCCCGAGAAUUCCACGACAUGUUUACCUUUGGCGUAUUGUAUUCUGAGUAAGAACAAGGCACCGCGAUUUUAUCGCAAAAUCCUGCAGGAAUUGGAAUCUCGUCACGGUAUUCCUGACAAGAUUCGGGAUAUCCUGCUGAACGAAAUCUACUACCAUAAAUUUCCCGUGCCGGGUGAAUCCGUGCGAAUCAAUUUGGCGGAGGUCAAUAAGCAUAUUUCCAAUACCACCCUCACUGAUGAUAGUAAGCUGGAUGACGAUAAUACCAACGCGACGUCUAUCUGGCAAGAUAAUGAAAUAUCCGAUUACGAAGUUAUAGAGUGUAAUGGUUCGCUUAAUCCGGUUACCACAAACGGUGCUAGUUACAAUAGGCGGAAUGGAAUACUAUUUCAGAAUGGUUUUAUACCAAAAGAAAUAAUAGAUGACUACAAUGGAGCGCAACGAGGAAGUCUGAUAUUAACGAUGGAUCAUGAUGGCAGGUAUAAAGAGAAUGACUUGGAAGAGCUAUGUAAUACAUUAAGUGUAAAUAUACUUCUGAAAGUUUUCGCUACGUUAUUGUUAGAGAGGAAAGUCGUAUUCAUAAGCUGUGUUUUGGGCAAGUUAUCAACGUGCAUUGAAGCGAUUCAGAAUAUGCUGUAUCCGUUUUCUUGGCCUCAUACUUUAAUACCUGUACUUCCCAAAGACUUGUGGGAAAUUGUCGAAGCACCUACACCAUUCAUCUGCGGCGCUUUGUCUUUGACUCUAGUCAAUAAUUACACAAUCGAAGAUGGAAUCGUAGUUGAUUUGGACGAAGGUGCAAUAUUGAUGGAAGUAGGUGAUGAAAAUAAAAUUCUUCCAUCGUGCAUGGUAAAUGAGCUGAAGGAAGGAAUGGCUUUAGCUAAAUCGUCAAAUGGCAAAAAUGAAAAUGUGCUAGUAAGCGACGCCUUUCUGAGGAUUUUUAUACGAUCGUGUGGUCAUUAUAAAGAUUUCUUGAAAGACGGUCAUUUUCAGAAGGAUACGUUUUCCAAUCAUCCCAAGAGGAAGGCAGUCAAGAGGUUCCUGAAAUGGUUUACGGAAACGACAAUGUUCUACAAUUUCGUAGAGACAAUCCAGAAGGAUCCGGAUAUCUUCCAAAUAUUUGACAAACGGAUUCAGAUAUACCGUUCGCAAGAUGCCAAGCUAAUUUUAGAGAAAAUGAAAGACUGGAAAAAGGAGCCCUCGCUCAGUAUAUUUUAGUAAAGCAACAAAAAAGACAAACAAGGCAAUGACAAAGUUGCUUUACUGUUUUGUAUGUUACGCGUUAAUUUAUUACGUUAGCCUAUUAUUUAUUUGUUUCUAUUAAAACUAUUUGUACCAAAUGUAAUUUUUUACUCGUACUUGGUAAGUCGCUCUCUCUUAUAUAUAUAUAUUUUUUGUACUAUAUUCUGUUGGAUUAAAUCAGAAUUUUAUUUUGUAAA